CGCCAGCCCAAUUGUGUUCGCCUGCUCCGCAGAGGACGUUGCUGCGAUGUCCGAGACCGCUCCCGCCGCCGCCCCCGAUGCGCCCGCGCCCGGCGCCAAGGCCGCCGCCAAGAAGCCGAAGAAAGCGGCGGGCGGCUCCAAAGCCCGCAAGCCCGCGGGCCCCAGCGUCACCGAGCUGAUCACCAAGGCCGUGUCCGCCUCCAAGGAGCGCAAGGGGCUCUCCCUCGCCGCGCUCAAGAAGGCGCUGGCUGCCGGCGGCUACGAUGUGGAGAAGAACAACAGCCGCAUCAAGCUGGGGCUCAAGAGCCUCGUCAGCAAGGGCACCCUGGUGCAGACCAAAGGCACCGGCGCCUCCGGCUCUUUCCGCCUCAACAAGAAGCCCGGGGAAGUGAAGGAAAAAGCCCCCAAGAAGCGGGCGGCCGCAGCCAAGCCCAAGAAGCCGGCAGCUAAGAAACCAGCAAGCGCCGCCAAGAAGCCCAAGAAAGCGGCGGCGGUGAAGAAGAGCCCCAAGAAAGCGAAGAAGCCGGCGGCCGCGGCGGCCAAGAAAGCGGCCAAGAGCCCCAAGAAAGCCGCCAAGGCAGGACGCCCCAAGAAGGCAGCGAAGAGCCCGGCCAAGGCAAAGGCUGUGAAGCCGAAAGCAGCCAAGCCCAAGGCGGCCAAGCCCAAAGCAGCGAAGGCAAAGAAGGCGGCGCCCAAAAAGAAGUAAAUUAUACCAGAAGAGUCCUGCUCUACCUAUUUUGUUAUCCAACGGCUCUUUUAAGAGCCACCCACACUUUCCCUAAAGGAGCUGAGGCACCGAGGUCGGCAGUAACCUGCAGCCAAGGAUCCAGUAAUUCGUGUCUCCUUAAAUGCUUUUGUCUUUUGGGGAGGAGGGUUUUCCUUACUGACCUGAAAAGAGUUUUGAGCUCUCCCAUUCCUUUUGUUCCUAAUGAGAAAGAAAAGGAGCUUUUAAGUAUUGAAAAAGCCCGCCCUGAUUAAGGAUUGGCCAGCAGAGAGCCCGUCCCUCUGCCCCUUCCCCCCCCUCCCCUUCGCCUCGUAUCUCUGGUGCCGUUUCAGCCACUCUCGGAGAAGGAAAAACGCGGAAGAGGGGGGUGGGGAUGGGACGGAACAGGAGUUCUCGACGAAAGACACUGUUCCCGUGUUCUCCGGCUUAAGAACUAUACGGAAAAUAUAUCAUCCCAGGAAGAACUUGCUCUGGGAGGACAUUUCGGCACGACUGUUUUGUGUUAACAAAAAAACAUGGAAAGCGUUGUUACUAUCACCAAGCCAAAAAUACUGUUAAUAAACAUGGAGAAAGUAAGAAAAAA